UCUGUUGGGGUUUGUAAAGAAGGCGAGCAUUUAUGGGUCGACAGCUAGGAGUUCGAAAGGGUGCAUGGACCCAAGAAGAAGAUCUUCUGCUGAGGAAAUGCAUUGAAAAGUAUGGGGAAGGGAAGUGGAAUCUAGUUCCUCAAAGAGCAGGCCUCAAUCGGUGUCGUAAAAGCUGCAGAUUGAGAUGGUUGAACUAUCUCACUUCAAACAUUAAGCGAGGAGAGUUUGCUGUGGAUGAAAUUGAUCUCAUCAUCAGGAUCCAUAAGCUUGUGGGUAAUAGAUGGUCGUUGAUUGCAGGUAGAAUUCCAGGAAGGACAGCUAAUGACAUAAAGAACUAUUGGAACUCACACUUGAGUAAAAAGGUUACUUCCCACGAUAAGCGGGAGACUGCAAAAGCUAGCUAUGCCAAAGUCCUAAAGCCACAACCCAGGAGACUCUCCAAGAGUUUGAUUACUUCUGGGAAUCUUGAAGCCUCUAGAAGAAAAGAAGAGGGUGGCGAGCCACUGUUAGCUCCGGACAAUGAUGCAAUAUGGUGGAAAGGUUUGUUCGAAAAGGAAGGAGAGAAUGGGCCCUUGGGCAGUGCAGAUGCAAUGAGAGAGCUAUUAGUAAUCCCUGCCAUUGACAAUGGAGACGCGGAAGGAAUAAGAGAUGAAAAUAGCACUUUUGCUGGGGACAGUCAAGAAUGGGAUGACUUGAUUUUGGACCCAAGCCUUUGGGUGCAAUUGGAGGGCAAUUGUUUGGUUGACACUUAAAAAUCAAUUCAUCCCUACUGGUAUUAGAGCUCAUAUGGC